CGAUUUGAUCUGAAUAAAUCUGCCACCGCCGUCGAGCGCUAUGGAGGAGGGUGAGUAAGGGGGCAAGGACUUCAAGAGAUGAACGAAGGGCGGGGAGGACUUUGAUCUGCGACGGGUCAAAGGUCAUGACGGCGCUGAACGGAUGAGGAGGGGCGUUCGCGUCUCGCUUUGGCGGCAGCCGUCUAUUAUUCGCGUCGGCAGAAGAAUAUCGCGACCGAGAUCGCGAAGGGAAUCACGAAUACGUGAUGUGGGGACGAGCGAGAGAGCGGACGGGAGCUUGAUGAUGGCGAAUUGACAGUGGUCAGAGGGGCGGAGCAGGAGCUGUGAAUGUUGGGGGGGCACUGGGUGGGGAAGCGUGCGGUGCCGCUGCAGCAGCUGCAGCUGCUGUUGUUGCUGUUGCUGUGGCUGCUGUGUGGAACCUGCGACUCUGUUUUUCAGACUCGGGGACAGUUGGGAUCUGAGGCUGCGAAGUGGAAGCCCACAGUUGUCGUCGUCGUCGUCGUCGCUGUUAGUGCUGCUGCUGUUGCAGCGAGGAUGAAGAACAUCGAGAGCGGUCCACUGGCGUGGUUGGGUUGGGUUGGGAUGGGAUGGGAGCGAGGUGUUGCAGUGGCAGGGGCAGACAGGGGGCAGCAGAUGAGGCAGCUUUGAGAGCCGAAUGAUAGGAAAGAAUGAAAAUGUGGUGCUGUUGUUGCAGUGGGGGAUGUGAUGUGAGGGAGGUGGGAGCGGAGGGGAGGGGAUUCGAUUCGAUGGAUGGGGAGGGAGUGCAGUGUAGAGCAGCGGUAAGGUAGAGGAGCAGCUGCUGCUGCAGCUACAGGAAGGGGGGCUUUGUUUUAGUUGUGGGAUGGAGGGGCCCAUUGGGCUGCGCGGUGGGAGGAGAGUGAAUUGUUGGAACAGAGGGGAAGGGAAUGGAAUGGAAGACAUGAGAAGUUAGAGUAGUAGAAGUAGUAGUGUGGAGAUUUGUGAGCGAUUUUGCGAACCCAACGAAAGCACGUGGGCCCUCCGGAGCAUCUUCUCGUUGGCAUGGCAACGGUGGUGGUGCUGGUAAUCAAGCAUUCAGGCUCAGCCUGACCCCUCUCCUACAGAAACAGGGAGCGAGCGAGAGAGGGCGAGGCUGUUACUGUCUGUGUCUUUUUCUGCAAAAUAAUCUGUUCGUUUUUCUUGUCUGCCCGCCUCUCCCUUUCGGGAGCACUCCUCGUUGGCUGCGGCGUCCCACCCCUCGCUCCGCCUCUCCUCUCCUGUCUUCUAUUCCUUCCCUCCCUCUCUCUCUCUAGCUUGCUCUUGUGUCAGCAAGUCUACUAGUCUACUCCGACACUGCCUCCCAUCGCUUCAAUUACGAAGGGCGAAGUUGUGGGCUCUUUCUUCUCUUCUCUUCUCUUCUCCCCCACCCUCUCUCUUUCUCUCUCCCUCUCUACCCCUGCGCAGCUUGUCAGUCCAUUCAACAAUCAUCCCCAGGGCACCCUAUCUAAUUUCCAUAGAUCUUGGGGCUUAACAGCUUAUCUGGGUUCGGAAACGUACCAGAUCCACGCGCUGGGUGGCGUUGGGGCUAAGGUGAAAACGAAUUUGUGGGAUCAAGUUCUGCCUCUGUACUUUGACAGGGAGAAUCGAGCAAUUCCACCGAUAAACUGAAACAACCUCUGCAAAAUUAUAACCGGAGGCAGGGGAGGGAGCAAGCCAGGACACAAGCGAGGAGCGAUGGUGGCUGAGAAGCUCACGCUGAGCCUUACUGAUCGUGGACAUCCAAGCAAAAGGUUUUCGCAGCUGGAGGGAGAGGCGGCAACAGCAGCAGCAUCAACAUCGACAUCAACGAGGAGCUCGGAUCUGUGAGGAAAGCUAUGGCAGGGUCAAAACUUCUGGGAGUACUCUGGGUACUGGCCGUCAUCCACGAGGCCAUAGCCCUCUCGGCGCUGUCCACGAACUUCGCGCAAGCACAGCUCGCCCACAAUCCUCCCGCUGCAGCGUUCGUCCAGCGGUCCAACAAGUUCUGGGCGUAUGAUCGCGUGAGCAAAUCCUGGACAGAGACCGAUAUCUCGUGCCUCUUCAAUAAUGGCAGCUGGUGGCAUUCGUGCAGCGGGGGCCGCAAAACCAGAGUCUCAUCCUCGUCUCCGUCCGGGCAGCCUCUGGAAUUCUCGUCGGGCCACUUCGCCAAGGGAGGCACGGGGGCUAGUCCUCAGCACACGAAUUCUGAUGGAGGAUCAUCGGCACAUGAUGGCAAGACGAGCGCCAGCAGCAGCAGCAGCAGCAGUGGUGCGGCGGCAGAAGCCGAAGCGGAAGCGCCGCCGCCAGAGGAAUUGACUUCGCUGAUGAGAAUUUCGAUGGUCAGAUUUUCGGACGUGUCGCUGUGGAUCACGGGGCAGAGCGGGUCUAUCUACGAGAGGUUCUGGAACGGCGUCCAGUGGGUGGUCAUCCCCCACGACUUACCUGCUUUUGCCGGUCGCGCCACCGGAGUCCUCAGCGUGAAUCGCACCAUGGUGGCAAUGUCCGAGUCCGGCAUCCUUUAUCAGCUUCAAAUAGACGGCAAUGGGCAACUGCUGUGGGUGAAUUGUGGUCCAUGGCUGCCAGCGAACAUUCAAGAUUCGGGCGUCAGUUCUAGCAAUGUGAGCUUGACAAAAUCUGGCCUCGUCUCUGCUGAUGAUAGUGCAGUGUAUUUCGCCACAACUGAUGGAUCGCUGACUGAACUCCAAACUCUACAUCCUAUGAAGUGGCUAAACCACCAUCAUCCUCGUGGGGGAGACAUUGCGGCUGUUGCAGAUGCAGGCACUCUUCGAUCGGGAGUCACUUUCACGAUCAGCACAAGCGGAGAUUUGUACGAAUACGAUUAUCGAGCAAGGCCAGCAUGGAAGAAGCACGUGAGAAAGGGAUCUGCAGUGGAGGACUUGACUCUAGCCCCAGCCAGCGGAGUUGCUGUGCAUGGACUUGCAGGGGCUGCUAGUGUCUCCCUCUUCCUUUUGACGAAGGAAAGCUUUCUAGUGGAGCGAAGAUUCCAUUUGAAUAAAUGGAGAUGGAUUCUACAUCCAGUACCAGAUGAGGAUGACCCGCUUAGCCGUUCUCUUGGUCCCCUGCUCCUCGAUGCAGAACAUAAUCCCGGCAGACCAAUGUUCUCCUUAUUCCUCACGUCUGAGAACGGUGUUCUUUGGGAGUACAAAAUUGUCAAAGGCAACGGUCGAACGACAUCGGAGAGCGGCGUGUGGCUGGAUCACGGACAUCCAUUCCAAACUCCCAUUGUGAAAGCGGUACCAGGAGUUUCUUUGAGUCCAGGAAGAAUUUUCUUCUCAUUAAUUGAUGGUAGAGUCGGGGAGCUCCACGUCCCAGGGCUAGGCGGCGGGAAUGUAGGUCCUGUAGUUGGAGGUUCUAGUGGCCCUUCAGUAAGGGACAGAAAGCAGGGUGGUUCAUACACGUGGUCGAUAUUAGAGGCACCAGAAACGGAAGGAGGAAAUGCAGAGUAUUGUACUUCUGUUAGAGGACCGGCAAAUUGUCUCGAGGGAAUCAAAGAUAGUCAGUCUGGAUGGCAACCCCCUGUUUCCAGCACGGAUAUUUCACAACGAAAGAGGUCAGGAAUGAAGGGACGAACAGGACGAAGAGGAGGAGGCGUUUCGGCAACACGAGCAGAAGCCGCUUCUGUUGUCAAGGACAGUAAAUCAUUCGUGGGUUCGUCGUCCCUUCUCAGAGCUGCUCCUUGGAAUGGAUCAGUGAGUAGCCAGUUCAUGCUCCGCACAAUGCAAGCCGAGAAAUCCAUAUUCUUUGUAGGUAGAGAUGGAGCAGCCUUUGAGAGGUUUUUCAGCGGAGAAGCAUGGCUGUGGCUUAAGCACGAGCACUCGCUGUCUCUUUCGGGAAUUGUGGGAAUAUACAGUGGAGGUGUAUUUGUUGUAGAUGCUGAACAUAAUCUCUUUUUGCGCGAGAGAAUCGGUAAUGUUUUGCAUUGGCUCAAUUGCACGGAGAAAGAUGGUAGGAAGGUUGUUUCUGGACCACCUUGGGACCAUGGUUUACUUGGCGAGGCACAUGCUGCCACUGUAGAAGACGCCCUGUUUUUGGUCGAUGAAGCUGGUAACUUGAUGGAAUUUCUUGUGGCAUUGCGCCAGUUUGCAUGGCGUGAUUGCGGGCAUCCACCGAAUACAGAAGUUGCAGCGAUUCUGGAUCAAGAAACUUUGCGCUACAGAGUGGUCUUCGUUGUGGGUGCAGAUGGAAAACUUUAUCACUUCAACCGAGUGACCAGAUUAUGGAUCUCCCACUUUCAACCCAACAACGUUCUGCUUUCACCCAUCACCGGAACUGUGGUCCGACCCAACAUUCAAAGUACGAGAGGAUCGCUCUUUAUGAGAAGUGAAGAUGGUGGACUGGUCGAGUUUCACUGGGACACCUUUGCAGGUUGGAAGUGGACAGAUCAUAGCUUCCCUGAUUAUAAAGUUACACUGUCCACUUCUCCGGGACCAAAUAUCGGCAACAAGAGGUUGUUUGUGGUUGGAUCUGAUGGAAAACUAUACAGCAGGUUCUGGGACGAAACUCGGUGGUCCUGGUGCGACCAUGGUCAUCCCAAACCAGAAACCGUGCUUCAGGCUGAGAGGGAUAUUCGAAGCAUGGUAGAUCCUGACCACAUCGGAAUAGAACGAGUAGCCGAUGAAACCGAACCAAAUCCUGUCUUCAGCAAUCUUAAAUUCGGGGUCAUGGACGUCUAUGUUUCUUUCAACGGUGAAUGCAGCUUAGAGGUGUCCCCAGUACGACCAAUAGCGCUGUCUCAUUCAAUCGUCAUGGUGGUUCUACAAGAUGGACGGGUGGCUAGCUUGAAGUUAGACGACGGGAACUGGAAGUGGGUCUCAGUCCACGACACGCCGACAAGUUCAUGCCAAUCAAGUUACUGGGCUGCAACGAGCCCACAGUCGUAGGGUCAUCUUCUCAUAAACAGGUCUCAAAACUGCAAAGAUGCCAAGUUGCAGCUUUCAGGUGGCAAGUACAUACCUACCGUACAUCAUGUUAAAAAAGCCUUCAGGCAUUACGACUACUUCAAAGGACUACACGACUCACACAGUUCAAGCAGCCAGAAAUGAAAGUGGCCAAGAGGACAGGCUCUCAAAGUCCAGAUUGAUCUGGCCUGGCUUGUACAUUAGUAAAAACCACACCUUGCUGGGGAGCCUCCCCUUUGUACAUUAGCAAAGCAAGCGUCUUCUGUAAAGUCUGUAGAGAAAUUUUUGUCAAAAAUGUCAUCAUAAUCCAAAGCUCAGAGAGGGACUCAGGCUUUGAUAUUGCAAGUCUUAAAAUAUUUUUUUGCAUCUUACCAAGAGACCUACUUGUGCACUGUAGGUGUAAUCGAAGCCAUGGUCUCUCACAGCUGUUAAUUGCUGUAUCUGUUCAUGCCUGGGCAGUAGCAAUUGAAUAGCUUGCUUCAGUUCACAAUCUCGUGGAAGGAGAUUGUGAAAGGAGCAUCUUCCAAUUCACUAGAGACGUUUCAUGUCUUAGACUACAACGCAGCUGAAGAUGCCAUGGUGAAACCGAAUAAUUCUCAUCAGAGUUUGUGGAGAAUAUCCACGUAGACAAAAACUCUUUGACUUGUACAUUGAAGUGACAUUCACUGCAUUGCUUAAAGCUGGUUCUUGAGGUAAAACACCUUUUGG